AUGGCCGUCCGAAAGGCUCUCUUCGUCCUGUCGACAGCCCUCGUCCCGAGCUACGUCGCGGGCCUGCAAGUCACGCCCGACUCGCCCUGCGCGUCCUUCUGCCUCGACUCCAACGACCUCGAUUACUCAGACCCGAAGUCGUCCAACACCCGGAACAAGGACAUCACCUGCGAGGACGGGGAGUACCAGACCGAGAACGCAGGGCGCAAGUUCCAGCAGUGCGUCAGCUGCUUGCAGGACAGCAGUUAUGUCAAGGGGGCUGAGAACGACCAGUCCUGGUUUUUGUACAACCUGAGAUAUUCGUUUGACUAUUGCGUCUUUGGAUACCCAAACGCCACCGGCGUCGGCUCCGGACCAUGCAUGACGUCCACCGCCUGCGGUGGUCUCGAAGCCGCUCUCAUAGACGGGGAGUUAGACCCGUCGUCUGAACAGUACGCAUACUGCGAUGCAGAUGGUGGAUCGAUGCUCGGCUCCUCGUUCGAUAAGUGCCUAUCUUGCGUGAGAGCUGGCGGUGAACACUACUACCUAGCAAACUAUCUGGUGGCUCUCGGCGCGGGCUGCCAACAAAGACCGGAACCGGGCAAAGUCCUCGGUCUCAAUCAGACCGUCUUCACAAAAGGCGUCAUCACCACCGUCGACCCGAAAGACCAGACCUCCGCCGAGAAGGACGAGGGCGCCAAAAUUCCCAUCACUACGAUCGUGGGCAUCGUGGUAGGCGUCGUAGUGGCGCUCCUGCUCGCGGCGGGGUGCGUCUUCAUCCAGUGCCGCAAACGCAGGGCGAGGGCCGGCAAAGGCGUCAACCCGGAGCUGUCGCGCAGGGCAAAGGGCCACCGGCCAGUGUCAUCGCUGUCGUUCCGGUGCCAGACGCAUCUGACGCCCAAGACGCCCAACUUCUUCUCCAUCGAGGAGGAGCAAGACAUGCAGAAUGAGAAAGGUCGUGCACAGCAGCAGCAGCAGCGGCAACAAGAACAAUACAGUUCCCACCACCAACCCCAAGAUCCUCUAUACCCAGAAACCCCAGACGACUGGGCCGCCCACCACGCGGGAUACCCCUUCCGCUCCACGAGCCCAACAAACCUCACCGACAAAAAGACCCACGUGCCCCUGACCAACAUCACCACAAGCCUCCCCAUGAUGCCCGUGAAAUCCCACUCCCCACGCCACAACGCCUCGCCCGAGGACUACACCCCGUCAUCCACGACCUCGGCAGCGCCCCUCAUCUCCUUCAGACCCUACGUGCCCUCGGAACACGGCAUGUCCACACCGUCAAUGGGCCAACAACAGUACGCGGCGGGCUUCAGCCCGCAAUCGACCUACUCGCCCCCGACGUCCGGACACACCGUCAGCCCGCUCCUGAGCCAGGCCGGCUGGCCCGCACCCGUGCGGAACACGGCGACCAUCGACUCCCUCCCCGCCACGGAGCCCGCGAGGACGAUCCCCGUCAUCAUGAGGGACAUGGCGCGGCCGUUGCCGAAGAGGGUCACGUCGCUCGGGGGCGGGAGUCCCGUCGAGAGCCAGAAGAUCCAGACGUCUUUCCCGCCGCCCCCGGGGACGAAGAAGAGGUGA